GCGUGUGGGCCUGCAGCAGCGUGGAGGCGAGGAUGAUACCGGCGCCUCGGCGUGUACACACACCGUGAUCGUAAGGACGAGAGCAGGUUAUCGGUUGCAAUUAAAUUCUGGAUAACGAUGACGCAAACCGCCGCGCCUUUACGGACACGAGUGAUCGUGGCUGCCGUUUGGUUAGCCUCGCUGUGGGGACGCGCGCUACCCAUCACCCGGUACUCUAUUCCGGAGGAGAUGGAAGAAGGCUCCUUUGUUGCCAACCUGGCCACAGAUUUGGGUCUGGAUGUCCGCAGUUUGGUGCAGCGGAGCGCAAAACUCGAUGUGAUCCACAGCAAAAAUUACCUCGACAUCAACAAAGAAACCGGAGAGCUGAUCAUGCGCGAGAAGAUCGACAGAGAGAGCAUAUGCAUGACCAAAACCACGUCGUGCUUUCUGAAAAUGGAUGUCAUACUCGAGAACCCUAUUCGCAUUUUUAACAUCGAACUGGAAAUCAUGGAUAUUAACGAUAACGCGCCCGUGUUCCGCCGGAAAACAAUGCACUUGGAUAUUUCAGAAGCAACCACUCCCGGUGAGAGGUUCUCCCUGACCAACGCCGUGGACUCAGACGUGGGAGCAAAUUCGAUUAAGACCUACUACCUGAGUGAGAGCAAAUACUUCAAUAUUGACAUCCAAACCGGGAGCGAUGGCUCCAAAUAUGUCGAUUUGGUUCUCAGUGGUCAUUUGGACAGAGAGGAACAAGCGGUUCACAAUUUGAUUUUAACCGCUGUGGACGGAGGCGUCCCUGCACGCUCCGGCACUGCCAGCAUCAUCAUCAGUGUCCUAGAUAUCAACGACAAUGCUCCCCUGUUCGUUCGACCGGUUUUUGAGGUCAACUUUCCAGAGAACUCACCCGCAGGGACAGUCGUCAUGACUUUAAACGCGUCAGAUUUGGACGAAAGCACCAAUGCCGAGUUAGUAUACUCAUACACCCUGUACACCUCUGAGAAGACUCAAGAGGUCUUCUCGCUGGAUCCCCAAACGGGAGAGAUCAAGGUGAAGGGCGUCAUCGACUAUGAGGAGAGUCAAAGUUUUGAAAUGCACAUCCAGGCUCAGGACAGAGGUGCCAACCCUUUGUCAGGACACUGCAAAGUGACAGUGUUCAUCACGGAUCUGAACGAUAACUACCCUGAGGUGACCAUCAAGUCUUUGAAAAGGGCACUCAAUGAAGAUGUCCCCAUUGGGACACUUAUAGCGGUGGUCAGUGUCAGCGACAGGGACUCUGGAGACAACGGGAAAGUGGACCUCAUUUUAAACCAACAGGAAUCCUUGCCGUUCCUCCUAAACAAAUCUUCAGAAGACUACUUUGAGCUCCUGGUUUCAAAACGUCUGGACAGAGAGGUAGUCAGCAAAUAUGACAUCAUGUUGAGGGUUAAGGACAGAGGUUCUCCGCCCUUGUCAGAGAACGAGACCAUAACUUUAGACAUCCUAGACAUCAAUGACAAUGCACCCACAUUCCCCCAGUCCUUCUACACAAUCCAUGUAGUGGAGAACAACUUACCUGGUGCAUUACUGAUAUCUCUAAGUGCCCAUGACCCAGAUCUCAAUGAGAACCAGUACCUGGUGUAUUUCAUAAUGGAGAAGGAGAUCGUCAAUACAUCCAUGUCGAUGCUGUUCUCCAUCAAUCCAGAGAAUGGUGAUCUCUAUACCCUAAAGACCUUUGAUUACGAGCGGGAGAGAGACUUCCUUUUCCACAUUGAGGCUCGAGACUCUGGCGUCCCUCCUUUGAGCAGCAAUGUGACAGCUCACAUCAUUAUCCUGGACCAAAAUGACAACACUCCGCUCAUAGUGUCGCCGUGGCGAGCACAAGGCUCCAUGGUUGAAGAAGUGAUACCGAGAUCCACAGAAAAGGGACACUUGGUAGCCAAAGUGGUGGCCAUUGAUGCUGACUCAGAGCAGAACUCCAGAGUCACGUAUCAGCUCCUGCAGACCAGUGAUGCCACCCUGUUUAGCCUGGAUCAGUACAACGGUGAAAUCCGGACAACGAGAAUGUUUAGUUACAGAGACCCACGGCAACAGCGCCUGGUGAUUGUCGCCAAAGACAACGGGGACCCCCCUCUGUCUGCAACCGUGACCAUCAAGAUAUCCACAGUGGAACAUGUUAUGCCCUUUUCAGAAACUACAGAGCUGCCAAUAGACUACGAUGUCUUCAACAACCUAAAUUUGUAUUUAGUUAUCGGGUUAGGGGCUGUGUCCUUUCUGUUACUUAUUACCAUCUUGGUUAUUAUCGUGCUGAAGUGUCAAAAACCAAAACCAAAGGCCAUCAAGAUCCCCCCAGCCAAUAGAAACAGUGUGAUCAGCAGGAACAGUGUGAUCAGCCAGCGAAGCUCCACCAUCGCAGACUCCACCCUGAUUUCCAGCGAUGCCUACUGGUAUAGUUUGUUCCUGGCAGAAACCAGGAAAGGCAAAGUGGUGGUGAGACAACCCAUAGUGCCGAAAACUGGGUAUUUUGUGUCCAGUAUACCCAGGAGCAUAGGACCCAGCGAGAAUACAGGGUCCAGAGCGUCCACACUAGAGUACUCAAAAUGAAAGGAAGUCCAUUCUACAACUGGAGCUACCACGGAGAGAGCUGCCAUGACAUCACCUCUUCAGGCUGAAAUCCCUCUUCGCCUCACAAAGACGUAACACAGCUUUCCUCCUCACUUUUCUUUCUCUCCGUCUCCCCUAGUUCCUCCGGUUCAGAUGCCAUCAUUAACCUUGAAGCGCCACCUUCUUUUCCUGACGCCGCUAAAGCAACGAUCUGCAUGACAUACCGGUAUUUCCAAAAAUAUAUAUGAGUGUAAAGUUAAAAUUUCACAUAGGAUAUCUGGACAUUACCAGAAUGUAUGGAAUCAUUGUUGAAUGCUUUUAUCGCAAUAAGAAGGCAAUCAUCUAUCUUCUCAUGGAUAUAAAUGACUCAAUGAACUCUGGGUGCUGUAGUUUUAGAAAUCAUCAGUAUUUGUAAUUUUUCAUUUUAUAACGUUUUUAACAGGUCAAACCAUGAUUUGAAACAGAGUGGAAAAACAAAAUCUUCCAUAAAUCUGUUGAAGUGCUGAAAUGUAGCUCAGUAUUAUCAGUGAUUCAAUUCUCUUUUAUAAAAGCUUUUUUUUUUCUGUAUUCUGAGCCUUGCUGUUUAGUGAAGCUCUUACUGUUACUAUAGUGUCUUUUACAAUACUGAUCAGUGAUUUAGUUUAGCAUUUUGUUUCCUGAACUUUUAAAAUGUUUGUCGUAUUCAACAUUUGCCAGUUGUAUUGGACGUUUGAAAAAUGUGAAACUGUGUGAAAGAAAAGAAAGUUGCCAUGUUUGAAAUGGCAAUAAUGUACAUCUGUAUGGUUUCUCUUUUGAGUAAAAUUGUCUGUAGGUGCUGUGUUUCUAAAAAAAAAAAAAAAAAAA